AUGAGUCGCAAGGCUGCGGAGCGACGCAACGCAUCCGCCGACGCGUUCGUGGAAGCGCGCGUCUGGGCCAUCACGCGCGGGCGGCCCUACAAGCCGCGAUUCAACGCCGAGCGCGCGGUCGUCGUCAUCGUCGGCGGCGAAGGCGGCGGCGACGCGCGCGGCGGCGGCGCCGGCGGCGGCGACGACGACGCGCCCGCGAUCGAGCUCGCGCCGGGGCGCACGACGCUGGGCGCGCCGCGCCCGCCGCGCCCGGCGGCGCCGUCGUCGCCGUUCGACGGCGUCGUCGCCGCGUCGCGAUGCGCGACGGAGCUGUUCGCUCGCACCGCGACCGAGACGCUGUUCGUCCUCGACUACGCCCCACUCAAGCACGAGCUCGCGAACGAGCUGUCGUCCGCGCACCCGGGACGCGUCGCGAAGCCCAUCAACCGCGUCCUGCAGAAGCUCAACGUGAGCGACGCGGUCGUCGCCGCGGACGGGAUAGACGCGGCUGUGAUGUUCAAGCUCGUCGCUGGCGCGACGGCUGGGGAGCGCGGCGGCGGCGGCGGCGGCGGCGGCGGCGGCGCCGUCGUCCGCUUGUGCGUCGCGCGGCAUCCGCACAGGAUCCCGAACGGCGCGGUCCGCGACGAGCUGUCCGCGACGGACGUGGACGUCGUGUGCGCGCGGGGGAAGGCGGAAGACGCGAGGAACGCGUUGGGGGGGGCGCUGCCGCGCGGGAACUUCGUCGAGGAGCGAUUCAUCCACGACGGAGAUGGAGACGGCGGCGGCGGCGGCGGAAGCGGAAGCGGCGCCGCCGCGCCGUUGGCGACGCUCCUCGCGGACGCCGUGCGCGCGAUUGAGCGCGAGGACGGCAUCGAAGGCGCCCCGGACUGGCUCGCCGACGGCGCGCCGGUUUUCUACUCACGCGUCGCGUUCGAGCACGACCGCGCGUCGAAGCAGAUUGAACAGAAGGCAGAGUCGGUCACGGAGGCGGCGGAGGCGGCGAUAUUGGCCGCGGCGGCGGAGGCGGCGAAGGCGGCGCGCGACGCCGUCGAGGCGCCCGCGUCGCCGGAGACGCCGACCGGCGAGCGGACGAUCGCGACGACGCCGCCGUCGCCGGAGACGACGAGCGGACGACGGGACGACGACGACGACGGCGACGACGACGACGACGACGACGACGAGCCGCCUCCGGUGAUUUACGUCGCGAAGAGACCGUUCCACCCCGGGCGGUUCGCCGCGUGUCUUCGCGCGCACUUCGAGCUAGAGACCGCCGCCGACGCUUGCGGCGGCGUUGGGAAGAAGGGGAUCGACGCGAGCGCGUUGGUCGAGUCCGCGGCGGCGGCGGCGGCGGCGGCGCGAGCGGCGGAGUCGGUCUCGUCGCGGUGGCGAAUCGACGACGCGAGCGCGGCGACGACCGCCGCCGUCGCGGUCGCGACGAGCGCGACGGCGGCCGCGGCCGCCGCUUCCGCCGCCGCCGUCGCCGCCGCGGAGAUUCUCUCGCGGCUCCUCCUCGCGUCCGGAGAAGGCCCGUCAACGUCGUCGCCGUCGCCGUCGCCGUCGACGUCCGAACCGACCGUCCCCGCCGGCCCUUUCCGCGGCGUGAAGACCUCCGCGGGCGCGGUUUGGCUCUCGAACCGCCCGUUCGUUCGCGGCACGUGGUCCACGCCGGACGCGGCGUCGCCCGGGCGCGUGCUCGUGACGUGCGUCGGCGACUGGGACGCGCCGUCGUCGUCGGCGCCCGGCGGCGGGGCGAAGACGACGACGACGACGACGACGGCCGCCGCCGCCGCCGCGCCGGACGGGGGCUUCUCCGCGGCGUACCCGGGGGACCGGCGGCAGGAGAUCGUCUUCGAGGGCGAUCGCGAGAUGAACCCGGACGCGAUCCGCGCGGCGCUGGACGCGUGCGUGCUCACCCCAGAGGAGGAGUCGGCGUCGGCGUCGGCGUCCGCGUCGGCGUCGGCGACCGGCGGCGGGCUGUGCUUCGCGCCGUGGCCGGAACAGACGGAGCACCUGGCGUCGUUGGGCGUGGUCGUCAGAGGCGUCCGCGGGUCCGCGGCGAUGGCGACCGCGGCGAUGGCGCGGCACGGCUGGGGCGGGCUCGGGCCUUCGGUCGUCGCGAAAGACGCGGCGGUUGAAGCGGCGGAGGGUCGAAGCGCGAAUGAAACGCCCGCGGCGACGACGUUGAGACCGAAGCCGUUUGGGACGUCGAACCUGGGCUUCGGCGGGAAAGUCGGGAUCGUCCGCCCGGACGCAUUCGUCGCGCCGCCGCGAGGGGUCGACGUGAAGCAGUUCCCCGAGGGUACCGGGCACUACUGGCCGAAGAUGCCGUGCUUAGAGUGCGGCUCGCCGUGGUGGCUCGGCGACGACUGGGACGCCGAGUGCGCGAACUGCGGCGAAGGCGCGGAGUCGUACGACAACUCGCAAAAUCCGCACAAGGAGUACAAGCGCCGGUUCGAACGGUUCCGGAAGCUCGUCGACGAGCUCAAGAGGGCGUAG